AUGAGUCGUCGUCGUCGUCAUGUGGAAGUGGACCUUGUGGCAAUCUUAAAUUCUGCUUCGAGUGGGGACUCUACUUCGUUGCAUUCGGCAGCUUCCACGAUUGAUACCCUCCUUACUGAUGAUCCCUUUUUGCUUACAGAACUCUGCAAAUGUCUCUUCUCGCCUCAACCUUCUCUCUUACCAGGCGGCUGCCUCCUCGGUCUAGUCUACCUGAAAAACGCCGUCUCCAGCUCCAGUUCUUGGUCUCAAAUCGGCCGACCCCAGCAAAUUGGCCUCAAGGUCGCACUUAUUAAUCACUUGCAGACGAAUCCUCCCCCAAAUCGCCUUUUGGCGGAGAUUUUUAGCUCCGUGUUUCGCCACGAAUGGUGCAGUGAUAGGUGGCCCGAGGAUCUGUGGAAUGCCGCCUUACUCUCCGAGUGUCGGCUACCUCUGCGACUGUGUAUUAAGCGAGCCGCUGCCUUGAGACUGUCAGCACGUCGACGCGAGGUUGCCGCUCACGUCGCCGCGAUCCUUCCUCAGUUUAUAUCCGUCUGGUUUGCGACUGACGUGGCAGAGGCCCUGCGCCUAACCUAUACCUGCAUUACGUCGCUGGAUCAAAGCACUUCUCGCGAAAUCCUGUCCAUUCAAGCCGCUUUGACCGAACGGUUAAUCCACCAUGCGCUGAGCCGUCUGGUCUGCCUCAAUAAUCCCCAGGACAAGUGGAUAGCUAAGCUCCUCCAUGCUCUAUUUUGCAUUCUCCCCACCGGACUUCGCAGUGCCAACGCUCUUUACACCUUCAAGGUUCUCGCCAACGUUGUGUGGUCUACCCAGCUCGAUCCCAAAGCCAUAACAUGGACACUGGCCCUGAUGUGCAACCUUCUUUCUGCGGCUUCCUCCAAAGACCCAUGCGACGAUUCCUCCAGGUUUCCUUCCCUCCAUCCUGAGGCUCGACAGCAGAUCCACGAGUGGUUGGUUAGUGAAAGCGGUGGAAACUUGUAUCCCUCCAACGCCUUCAAAAUUCUCUCCGCGCUUAUGAUCAACUGGUUGCCUUUGAAGCCAGCCCAGGUGGACGCCUUGUUCACCGAUCCCGAGUCGAGUUAUUCUUGCGGUGGGGUUGGCUGCGACGAGGAGUCCCUGUUUGCGGUCGAGGUAUGGGACUCAGACGGAGUGAUCCCCUCCGCGCACUUCAUCUCCAUUGGUUGCGAUCCCCAACCGCAUCUCCGCCAGACAGCCGAGGCUGUGUACCACCUAGUGGUUGGGCAUCUUGGGAAGCACGCGUCUCUGCUUAAUACUCUCAGGACUUCGCUUCAAACUUAUCACGCCAACAACGAAGACCCCAUGGCUAAGGAGCUGGCUCUGCGCUGUGCCCAAUUGGCCAUGUGUGACUUCGAGCCUGCCCACGCAGCCAAGUUGGCUGAGACUAUUGACGGCUUCGUCGCACUGGACUCCACCUCAAGUCCUGUGAAUACGUGCGCGAGUCUGGCCCUCUACUGUCGACAGCUCGUUCUGCUCGUUCGUCGGGCCGUCUACGUGACUGAAGAGCAACCCAGCGACAACUCGGAGGGUGUCCUGCGCGAUCGAUGUACUCUGGCCUUGUGGCGCAUAAUUCCGUUCCUGGGUUUCGCCUGCGAUUCAAAGGUCCACUCCUUGGGUGUUCGUCUGGCCGCCGCCCACUGCCUCCACUGGCUGAUGGAGCACCACAACUUCCAACCGGACAGUCUUCUCAGUGUUCUGCCCAAGGUGUCGGAAGCGCUGGGGUCUCUUGCUCAGGAUGUGCGCGACAGCGAGACGCGGAUCCUCAUCGUGGGGCACGUUCGAUCCGUAUUAGUCAACGCCAGCAUCGAGGAGCACCCGGAUCUGUUUAUGCACGUCAUCGAUCUUCUUGAUCGACUCUGGCAAGUCGGCAGUGUAUCAACCGCUGUGCGUGCCACCAUCCUCGAUCUAAUUGCCUACCUGAUGUGCGGGCUGAACGCCAGUCCAGAAUCGGUGCCCGUGUGUAACCCUACAGGACUCGCUGCGCGACUGCGGGACAAAGUCGUCGAAGUGGUGGCCAUCGACUUGAUGCGGUUUGUUCGGACUGGCGAAAUCGGCGUGGACGUCGAUCGCGACGUGGACGCGAGUGUCUUGGUGGAGCCCUGCCUCGACCUGUGGCACGCCCUCGUCGCCGGUCCCGGCGCCGCGUGGUCCCCCGCGCUCGACCACCUCAUGCCCGUGCUCACUGGGGAUUUUGAGGCUGUGAUUGGCCAGCCCCCACCCAGCCCGCGCAAAUCGCUCUACGGCAAGAUAGAAACUACAACGCAGGCUGUAGUGCGUUUCUGGUAG